AAUUGCAUCUAAAGGUGGGUGGGGCGCAUAGUGGAGGGGGCGCAGGCGGUGCUGAGCACAGGCUCUGAGCAGAGGGGCUGGCGGAGUGCUGGCUGGUGCAGUGUGGGGCACCCGCGAGCCCAGGGCGAGGUGUCCAAUGAACAGACGGUGCCCCCGGGAGCCUUGCCGACUGGCAGGACUACAGAAUGGUACCCCUAAAUGGAGAGAGAUUACAGGGCUGAUCAGAGAGGACGAGAAACAAGGAAGGCUUCUGAAGGAGAUCAUCCUCCGAUUCCUCCCCCACCUGAAUCCCUGUUGCUAUGAAGACCGCCAAUGGGACUGAGACCUGGUAUGAGAGCCUGCACACUGUAUUGAAGGCUCUAAAUGCCACUCUUCACAGCAACUUGCUCUGCCGGCCAGGGUCAGACAACCUCACUGAGGAGAGGCAGGCCAGCCUACCUGGCCGCGAUGACAACUCCUACAUGUACAUUCUCUUCAUCAUGUUCCUAUUUGCUGCCACUGUGGGCAGCCUCAUCCUGGGAUACACCCGCUCCUGCAAAGUGGAUAAGCGCAGUGACCCCUAUCAUGUAUACAUCAAGAACCAGGUGUCUAUGCUCUGAUGCUAAGAGCCCGGGGAUGGCAGAAGAUCAAGAUUCCUGAGGAUUAUCUUGUGGGGCCCCCAGAACUCAGCUAUGUGUUACAUCAGGCCUCAGAGUCCUAGUCUGUAAGAUCAACAAGAAACA